GGCAUUCGUACAUACUACUGGAUAUGCUAGACCUUCAUCUCAGAGCAGCUACAUAUCAGAGGAUCUACAAACUAUAGCAUCAGUAGAAGAAACCAAGGGCAAGGGAAGCUAUAGCAAGUUUCAUUGUGUGUGUAUGGGAUGCCUGCUUGAGGUGAAGCUGAGGGCAGAUAUCAAGGGACCCAGGAGCUAUCACUGGUUAAUGAUCAUACAAGAAGAUAACAGUUUGCUGUAUCUAGUCAAGUACCAAUGAAACGUAAUUUUAGCAGUAAAGAGAGGGAAAGAGAGAAGAGAAGGAGGUAGAGAGUGUCGUAUUGCAAUGAUGACACAAAGGCCAAAGACAACUGAAGGAACAGUAACUCCUAAUAAGGAAUUGGGUGAUAGCCUAAACCUGCCCAUUUGCUGAUACCAGCAGUAUGGCUGAAGGAAGUAAGACUGCAGAGGAGGUCUUUAAAAAGACACUACCAAAGCUCAUUAACACACUUUGGAAGGAUCCACUUUUUACUGUAGUCACUGCUACUUUAUAUGCUGAGGGACUGAUUACAAAACAAGAGCUUGAAGCCAUUAAGACCAAGCAAGGUGUUGAAAGAGGUAGUGAAGUGGCUUUUAAGCUCACAGACAAGAUAAAGGCUAGUGAUGAUCCUACUGCCUGUCUACUUACCAUAUGUGAGAUAUUUGAAUCUGAUGAUGUAGAAAAUGAUACAUUGAAAAAACAUGGAGCAAGCAUGAGAGAGAGUAUAUCAAACGGCACAACUGCUACACCUCAAGUUUCUUCAUACCCUCCAAUUGUGGCACCUAGGACAAACCCUAAUAAACUAAGUGCUUCAGACCGGUUUAGAAGAGUUUCUGAUAGACUUGUAGGCUCCAUAUCAUCUUGUCUGACUACAGUGUCAGGGAAACUUAAUGCCAGGAGGCUGAUAGCACAGGAGCUACAUGAUGAAAUGAUUAAUGGUUGUGAUAUUGAUUCAAAAAAAGCUGCCAAGCUAGUACAUGCAAUGCAGAAUACUCUUUAUGCCCACGCUAAUCCUGAGACAUAUCUAAAUGACAUGUGCUCAGCAUUGAAAGAUGUUGGAGAGGUACCGAUCACUGAUAUAGUGAAUGAAUUGCAAUAGUGAAACAGAUUUAUUCUACUCAUAAUCAACUGCUGCAUUGAAUAAUUUAUUAGGUUUUGUGCAUGUGCUUUGAAUAUGACUUUAAUACAUUGUUUGUGUGAUUUUUGUAUGCCUGUUUAUUUCAAAA